CAGCCCGGAGGCGGAGCGGAGGGAACCUAGAGGCCGAACUCGAGUCGCGGGCGGAGGGAUACGUUUCCAUGGGAACGCCAAGAUCUCGCCCGUAAACCUGUGGCCCGCGGGGUGGCAUCCUCCUCCCUCCCCUCCCCUUCCCCUUUUCCUGAACCCUACGGCUCCUCCUCACCUUCUCCCAACCCUUCUUCCUCUUCGUUUUAAUCUAGGGUCUUCCUCUUCGUUUUAAUCUAGGGUCUUCCUCUUCGUUUUAAUCUAGGGUCUGACAGCGCAAGUAACCGUAGCAUACAGGUGCAUUAGACCGUUCUGUUGGAAGGCUAAAAUUUAACCGCUGAUGUCGCUGUCGCCACCUUUCGGUUUGGGGUACCUGGCCUAGUCUUCUGCUAAGUGAUCUUUGAGGCUCAUCCCCAGGUAAUUAGACUGACCAUUGCAUCACAGGCCUCCAAAGGGGCGACUCCCCUCAGGGACUCUCGUUAAUACCCCUCCCCGGUUUGCAGCGACUGACAGUCCCUUAACCAGUCAGUCACUGAUCUGUCACCACGUUUGUCCUGAAUCCUUGGGAGUUUUGCCAAACAGAGGGAUAGAGUUGGGGGGAAGGGGUUCUGGCAGUGUUAAAAUUGUGGCAAAACUGAAAAGUUUGCAAGCAUGCUGAGCCGCGACCAUUCUUAAAUUACCUGCAUCGGAAGCACAAUGUAUGUAUUUGUCCCUUCUAGUGCUUUGGAGUUUUUAAAGUUGUCUUUGAGUUUUUUUGUUUAAAACCUUACAGCUCAGCCACUCAAUAUACAUCAACUAAGUGAAACUCUUGUCUCUAUAUUGCUUAAAUCUGCCUUCGAUUUUACACAAUGUGUUUGCCAGAAGCCUCCUCUAAAAGUUAAGCUCUUUUUAUCAGCCACCACAAAAUACAGACAUUCCGUCAUAAAUACUUGGAAUACUCAAGAGUUGGAAAUUUUACACAUAAAAGAGGAAAUCCUUAGCGACACUUGAAACAGCUUUGUGGGAAAGAAGAGCCCCUGGUCAGGAGUGCAGCAGCUACUGUCAUUACAAGUCCACUUCAGCUAUCCCUGCCUCUAAUCCAGAAAGCAGAUAUGGCACGGUUCCUAAGAAAUGACGACAAUGAGGAGAACAUGCUAACUAUGUCCCUUAGUCUAAGCGAAGGGGAGAACGAUAGGCUGGCCAGAGUAACUAAGGCACUCAGUCUGAGAGAAAACGAAACCGAGGACAAGUUUGAGGAUGCCCACGAGAUUAUCCCUGUGGCAACAACGAUGACUCUCUUAUCGUCCUUGGAAGAAUGUACAACUGGAUUGUAUUUGUUUCUAAAUAACAGAUUCUCCGAUGCAAUCAAUCUUGUUCACCCAUGGUCAAAAAACAGCCCAUACCAUGCCCUGAUAUACAGCAUGCUCAUGAUUGUCAAGGCCAUCCUGACUUUUGAGCCACAGGAUAUUCAGAUCGGAAUGAACGCAGCAAAGGAAGCUUUGAAAACCUGCAACAAUUUCCGGAAAAAACCCAGGAUAAUGACUUUAUCUCGCUUAGUGAGUAGGCAGGGAAUAAAGUCUGUCAAAGAGGAAGAAUUACAUGCAGAAGUCUGUUAUGCUGAGUGUCUGAUCUUGAAGUCUGCCAUAACAUUCAUACAGGAUGACAGUUUGCUGAGUUUCCUUAAAAGCGGCAUCAACUUUGGGUCAAGCUAUCAAAUCUACAAAGACUGCCAACAGGUCUUAGAACUUAUGCCUGAUAACCAAAGUAAGACGCACAGACACCUGGAUGGAGGGGUAAAGUUUGGCCUUGGCGUAUUCAACCUGAUGUUCUCCCUUGUGCCACCAAGGUCACUGAAACUUCUCAAUAUUGUUGGCUAUUCUGGAGAUAGAGAAGUAGGUCUUGCUUUGCUCCAUGACAGUGCAUCCGAACCUCACAUCAACAACAUCUUAAGUGUUUUCACCCUUCUCUUCUAUUACAAUUACGUGCGUGUAGUUUUUGGCGUUGAGAAGGUUUCGACUUCUGCCACGGAGAAUCUCUUCCUCGUCUACCUGCAGAAAUUCCCCAACUGUGUCGUCCUUAAAUUUUUUCGUGCACGUUUUAGCAUGCUCAAUGGAAAUUUUGAAACCGCACAGCUAAAAUUACAAGAGUGCAUCAUCACGCAGAAUGAAUGGAAGCAGGUUCAUCAUCUCUGUUACUGGGAACUCAUGUGGUGCCAUAUUUUUCUGCAGAAUUGGAAGCAGGCAUACAACUAUGCUAAUCUACUGUUUCAACAUAGCAGGUGGUCUAAGGCAAUAUAUGCCUACAGCAAAGCUAUAAUACUGGCCUUGCUUCCUCAUAAUUUUGUGAACUCAGAAAAUGAGACCAUGAGUUCAAUCUUCUUACAUGUGGAUAACCUGAGAAUCAAAAUUUUAGGCUCUUCUGUGCCAAUAGAAAAAUUUAUUGCUGAGAAAAGUCAGCGCUAUGGUACUACGACAGGCUGGUUUACAGCACAGCCCCUUCUGGAAUUCAUUUAUGCCUGGAGUGGCUUCCGAGUCAUGAGCAAGAAAAUAGAGCUUAUUUCAAGUUGGCUAUCAAUAAUCGACAAAGGAAAAGACCUUUUGAAUGAAAAUCCAAAUGAGGAGUAUGGCAUAGACGACAUGAGUUUGUUAAAUCUGCUGAAAGGUCUCUGCCUGAAACAUCUGGGCAAACAUUUGAAGGCUGAGCACUACUUCAUUCGUGUUAUCAAGAAGGAGAAGCUGUUAAAAUAUGACCGCUACUUGGUGCCAUAUAGUUACUAUGAACUGGGGAUGCUGCAUUAUCUGAAGGGAGAUUAUGCCAGCGCCACAAGAAACCUAGACUACAUAAAGAACUACAAAGACUACUCCAUGGAAUCCCGGCUACAGUUUAGGGCUCACAUUGCCCUCGAACAAAUAGCUAAAUUAGAAAAGUGAUUGUGAGCCCAGUGUGCUUCUGUGUAGUAUGAGUGGAAUAUCCACACUCGGUCAAGUGGGUAGGAAAGUGAUUCCUUUGUGAAAAACCAAAAUCCAGGAGGCAGCUGCUAAGAAUCUGACCAGUAAAUAAGGAAGGAAUAGACCAUUUCUUUGCUCUCUCUCCUUCUCCUUCUCCAUAAAAUGCUUGGACUGAAAACGGGAGUGUUGCACAUUCUUGAAAAAGAAAAGGCAAAGGCUGGACAUCACAAAAGUAUUUAGAGUUGAUUACAUUAACAGUUUAAGAUUUACUUAUUUAUUUAUUAUGUAUACAGAA